AUAUUCGCAAAAAGUGUAUCUGUUCGGAUGAGUUUUUUUGUAACAUGUUAGUGUAAUGAUAGGCGGUUCCGUUUAGUCGUGCCCCGACUCUUCCCGCUAUUUUACAGCUGAAUUAGCAAAGCUAACCCUGUUAGCUACUGAAAGUGUAGUGAGGGUAGUGGGAAGAGGCCGCCCACCUUCCAGGCAAGCACUAUUCGGGUAACUAGCACGGCCCUACCGACGGUGGGUAAACUCAGACUACCACAGACAGCUGGUGUUGAGCUUUUGUCGUCCAGGGAACACAGAAAGCGCUGAAACGAAACGCUAGCUGUUAGCCGAAGGUGAAGCUGAGCCGCCGCUGACCCCCUACAAACAGACAGGAUCUGUAACUCAAGAUGUCUAAAAGCGAGACAGAAGAGUUGAUAGAGAUCGAGAUUGAUGAACGGGAGAAACAGGCAUGCCUAGAGGAAGGCAUUGAGGAACAGACCAUCACAGCUUCUGAUUUGAUUCAACAAGAUAUUGACAUCAAUGAGCCCAUUGGCAAUCUGAAGAAGCUUUUGGAGCCUCGCGUCCAAUUCUGUCUGGAUGGAUUUGACAUCUGCUUACAAGACAUUCAGCUUCACCCGGAUCACAGCCUCUUCGAUCAGGGGGUAAAGACGGACGGCACAGUGCAGCUCAGCCUGCAGAUCGUUGCCAAACCAGGGGAGGAGAAGCUAAACAUCCUGGAAAUAGUGAAGCCGGUAGAAACAGUAGAAGUUGUGAUUGACCCGGAUGCGGCUGGAGAAGAUGGGGCGUUGGUGGAGGAGGGACAGCUCAUCGCAGUAGAGCGGUCCUCCCUGUCCGAUGAGACAUCGGAGCAGGUGACACGCUGGGCUGCAGCGUUGGAAGGUUACCGCAAGGAGCAGGUUCGGCUUGGAAUACCGUAUGAUCCUUUGCUCUGGACAGCUGACCAGGUGAUCCACUGGGCUGUGUGGGUCAUGAAGGAAUUCAACAUCGAUGAGAUGGAGAUCGGCAGCAUCCACAUCCCCGGCCGAGAGCUCUGCAGCUUCAACCAAGAGGAGUUCCUUCAGAAAGUGCCAAACGGAGAGAUACUGUGGAGCCACCUGGAGCUGCUGCGCAAAUACGUGUUGGCCAGUCAGGACCAGUCGGGCGGGGACGCCACUGUCACUAUAGAUCAACCUGUUCAGAUAAUUCCUGCUCAAGUGAGCACGCCCACUGCUAUAAAAGUACUGAAACAUAACCGGGGCCCCAGAGCGCCCAGAAUUUCAGGAGAGGAGCGCAGUUCCCCCGGCAACCGCACAGGUAACAACGGUCAGAUCCAGCUGUGGCAGUUCCUGCUGGAGCUUCUGACGGACAAAGACGCAAGAGACUGCAUUUCCUGGGUCGGAGAGGAGGGAGAGUUCAAGCUGAACCAGCCGGAGCUUGUGGCGCAGAAAUGGGGCCAGCGCAAAAACAAGCCGACGAUGAACUACGAGAAGCUCAGCAGAGCCCUGAGGUACUACUACGACGGGGACAUGAUCAGCAAAGUGCAGGGCAAGCGCUUCGUCUACAAGUUUGUGUGCGACUUGAGGACUCUGAUUGGCUAUAGCGCCGCCGAGCUCAACAACCUGGUGACAGAGUGCGAGCAGAAGAAACUGGCUCGCAUUCAGAUGCACGGCCUCGGACAGCCCAUCACCACAGUCACGCUGGCCACCACACUAGACAAGGACAGCUGAAGGAGUCCGCGGUACUGGCUGGAAAUCAUGCGUCCCUUUAUACACAAAGCUGAUCCCCGAUCAGUGUGGAUUAAAAACUUUGUUGUAUAUACAGUUAAAUUCAGCUUAGACUGAGGCAGGUGAUGUUUUUUUUUUUAGCUUUUUACUAACUCUACCCAACAGAGGCGAGCUCAGGAUGAGGAAAGAAUGUGUUUAUAAUUACAGAUUGUCGUGUGCAUGGCUGAAUGAGUGAGUGAAACUGCUAUUAGAGGCUUGGUGUUGUGCGCUCUUUGUCUGUAAUCCACUGUAUAUACAAAUAUGUCAUGUUUUUUGAUAGCCAAGAAGGCAAGUGUAUUUUCAUAAGACUCAUUUUGUAUUUUAUUUAGUGCGUUUCCAUGAAGUGCUGGACCAUUUUUUGUCCACUAGGGGGGGAUAAAGUGAAAAACAUUUUCUAUCAACUUUGUGUGAACUGUAAAUCUUUUCUAGAUAAGCCCACCCCCACUUAUGCCCCAGAAAAGAAAAAUAAAACAGCCAGUCAUAUGUACAUUCAAAAUUUAUUUAUGGAAUGGGGGAGUGUAGAAAGCUUUUCUGACUUUAAGCAAAUGUUUCAAACCACACACAAAAGGAAGGUCACUAAAACAACAGAGGGGGGAAAAGCAUUUAAUUAAACAUUCACCUGAUUUAAGAGCUUCAGUUGGUGUCUGUACAUUUGCAGAGGUGAUAUGUGUUGUAUUUUCAUAAUAAUGCAAUAUAUGCAUGUCACAUUCAUGGUAACUAUUAUAAUAACUUAAGGGGAGUUGAACACGUCUUUCGCUUUGAGGAGCAUUACAACAGAUAUGCAAGGAAAGAAACGUUACAGCACUGUACAUGUAUACACAGCGGAUGUAGAAAAAUAGAAAGGGUUGAUUUGGUGAAGGAAUGUUUGUGGUGUAAAUACAGAACCGUCUGGAGAACAUCUAAGCACUUUCCAGUAAGUACUGCCCUAAAUAAUGUCUGAUUAACAACUCCUGCUCUGUACAAUAUUGCUGCCAGAUCUGAAACAAAAAGGAUUGAUGUGAGGAGUUGGGGGAUUUUUAGACGAGGACAAAAGAGCAGACAACUGGAAACCAUCACUUCAGUGGCUCAACAACCCUAGAUGCUCCGUCGGCCAAGUAUUUACAAUCAAGAUAUUAGUUAAAUCAGGAAUGAUAUGCUUUACUAAAAACAGCUUUCCAAAGCUUAACAUAAAAGGGGUAGCUCAGGAUCCAGGAGCGAGGUUCUGUUCGAGGUUAGAAGCAGAUAAUAUCUUACUUGCAGUACAUUACUGUUUGUGUCGUCAUUUAGUAUCAAUCCAGGUGAUUUGAUCCUCGAGGCUUAAAGCAACUCCAAAACCUUAAAAAACAUCAAUAGCAUAAGAAAAAUAGUGCAAAAUGUUGAUUUUUAAACUGCCUCACUUUUCUGACCAGAAAAGCUUUUACACGUUCCAUUCUCAGUACGUGUUUCACACAGGAAGGUCAUUGGUGGCACACCGCCUCCAAUAUCCACCUCUGAGGUAAAUAAUCCAUCCUUUUGUAGAAAUACCCACCGACUGCAAAUGUGACUGUGGCUCAAAGUAUAAAUAAAUAAUAAUAGUCAAAUACAUGAUUCUCUCACAGCAGGUUUAAAAGCAUAGAAACACAUUUUACUGUUGAAUUGUAUUUUUACCCUCCUAAUAUUAGAGAUGCAGAGCUGCAAGAGGUCCUGCAACACAUAAGCAGCUCAAUGUUUCUCCUUGCUGCUGUGCCUGAACCUCUGUUCAUAUUAGUCAAUUUAAAGAGUAAAACUUGAUAUUUUCCUGCUUUUUAUUCAGAUUUCUUCUGUGACCUUUGCUGUGCGUGUAACAAUGCUGAUCCUGAAGUUGUACGCAUGAUUCACACGAAGCAUGAUGGGUUAGAGCGAGGCGAACACUAAAUUAUCUACAGCAGGUAAGAUACUAACUGCUUACGAUCUUGCCACAGAACCUCGUUGUAAAAUUCUGGACUACCCCUUCAAUCUUCGUUCUAAAACAAAAGAAGACAUCACAAAGUGCGGCGACAGUCGGCAUCAAAAUUAACGCUUUCCAUAUUUGGUGAUAAUAGUCAGGCUUCGGAAAUGACGAGUGCAUAGAAACGCAAAGAGUAACACGAUCUUCUUCCUUUCAGAUUCUACUAGACUUCAUAUUUUACACGAGGAGAGAGCAUUUGGCCCAUGCAGCUAACGCAACAGUGAAGCAUGGAGAUGAGCGGAUUUGAAUUAAAGCAAGUCUGUGCGACGACAAAGCAGAGCAUAUUCUCAAUACUUUUUUUUUUUUUUUCUCCUUCAUAUC